AUGAGAGUGGAGAGAGAGGGAAAGCAGGGCAUAUAAUUAAAUAAGAUUCCUAGAUGAUCUGAACGGGAGAGUAGGCUACUAGUCCCUGAGCUGCUGAUUUAAACAGGACACUCAGAAGAGUAGUGGGACUCUGAGUUAAAAUGGAUCUUUCUUGAGGCGUUGAAUACUUACGGCAUCGCUUUUCAUGGAGAUCUGGACACUUCUAUUCCUGGCUCAUAUAUCACAGCUGCCCUGCAGGAAUUGAAGCCACUAAUGAUGACCCCAGCGAUGGAGGAGGCGAGGUCUGUGGAGAAAGGGGCUACUCUUACAUCCCAUCUCUCCAGAGCACUCAAUCUGCUUACUGGGGACAUGCGUGUGUAUGGAGAAUGGAUCAAAGGGCAGAUUGUGGUGGUCCAGGUGGUGGACUGGGUCCUACGUGGGGUGGCCCAGGUCAUGUUUGUCAACAACCCCCUCAGUGGGCUGCUCAUCACGUUUGGCCUGGUGCUGCAGAACCCCUGGUGGGGCCUGAAUGGACUGCUAGGAUCCCUCGCUUCCACACUGUCUGCACUCCUGAUUAGACAAAACAUGGGUGCCAUAUCUGCUGGUUUAUAUGGCUACAAUGGGACCCUGGUUGGAAUGCUGAUGUGUGUAUUCUCGGCCAAAGGGGACUGGUACUGGUGGCUUCUGCUCCCUAAUAUGUUCAUGUCCAUGUUAUGUCCCAUAGUCUCCAGUGCCCUGGGCUCAGUGUUCAGCAAAUGGGACCUCCCUGUGUUCACUCUACCAUUCAACAUCCUUGUGUGUUUGCACAUGGCUGCCAUGGGGUCUAACCACCCCUACUUUCCAGAGGUGCUAGUGCAGCCAAAGUCCUCCCUCCAUCUGAACACCACCUUGGCAGAACGAAGCAUACCUCAGCUCUUGAUGGCGGUGCCAGUUGGCGUGGGUCAGGUGUACGGCUGUGACUGCCCCUGGACAGGAGGAAUCUUCAUCAUAGCCCUGCUGCUUUCCUCCCCAACCAUCUGCAUGCACGCUGUACUGGGCUCUAUUGUUGGUGUAGUGUCCGGUCUUGUUCUGGCUGCUCCUCAUGAGGACAUCUACUCAGGACUGUGGGGCUACAACAGUUGUCUGUCCUGCAUCGCUAUUGGAGGGGUGUUCUAUGCACUGACAUGGCAGAGUCAUCUACUGGCUAUUACCUGUGCCUUUUUCUGUGCGUACAUGGGUUUGGCCAUUUCUAAUCUGAUGUCCAUAUUUGGGCUACCAGCAUGCACCUGGCCUUUCUGCCUGUCUGCCCUCACCUUCCUCCUCAUCACCACUGAAUCCAGAGCCAUACACAGACUGCCUCUGUCGGCCGUGACGUACCCUGAGGAGAACAGGCGCUACAACAAAGAGGGGUCACCAGAAAAUCACCAGGAGGUUCAGCAGAACAUCAGUAAAGAGGUGAAACUGCUGGAGAAAAGAGAAGAGAUAAAGCCUCAUAUCAGCCUGUCAGUAGAGUAGUGUGUGUUCUGAGGACACGAAGUGAAUAGCCCAUCUCUCCAUGAAUGCUGGUAGCCCAUGGGAAAAUUAUAGGAAAAUGUUAGCAAAUUAUAGUAUAGUCAACGCUGGAGUUCGAGACAUUGAAAACAUAUUGGCCUGGAUAUCAAUAGCUAUUGUCUUACAGUCAAAGAAACCUCUGACUUAAUUUCAUCUUCCUCUACUGUUUUGAAAAGCACAGUUUUUCUAUCCUGGAAUCCACACUGAAUAUGAUUCCGGAUUGGAGUUUCACUAUAUUCUACAAAUACUUUUGCAAUGAGCCUAAUAGUCUCUGGACUACAACAAGUUUAGCAUCCUUACAUUGGACUCAAUAUUUUAUUGUAGAAUUUAUAGUUGUGUUUUGCUAGUAAACCUUUUUACGUAUGGGCUUUGAUUCAGGCUGUACCACUAAUGUGUAAUAACUUUAUUGCUCAGUAGAGGGCAGCACUCACCAAAGGAAGCCGAUGCUACUGCUGUGUCUGAAGGAGUCAUUUUUGGAAUCUCAAAAUAACCACUGUUUAUAUGAAACACUUUCUCUUACAAGUUUACUUAUUCUAUUUAUUAGAUUAGUAGAGAGGUGAGGGGGGAUACAACCGAACAGAAAUACAUUUAUUUUCUUUGGAUAUAGAGAGGAAUUUACAGUGCAGUAGAUCAUCACAGCAGUUCAGCCAGUGAGUUGUUAAAGGGCGCUCUAAGUUCUCUUCCAGAAAAAACAGGCUAUUUUCAGACCGGUACUGUACAUCACGACCUCGCCUCGUCUGCACUCGGAGGUAGAAUCAUAUUAUUGGAGAGGACAGUCAUGGAUGUGAAGAAGACACAUUUGUGAGAGAUAUUCUCUGAAACGUGUCCACGAUCCUCUUUGUUUCACCAGUCCCCUCCCAACAUCAGGUGGGAAGUAACUACAUAAAUUAUACUGUGUGUGUGUUUGCGUGGGUACGUAUGUAUAUCUGUAUAUAUUUUCUCGUGUGUCUGUGUUAAACCGUGACACACGUUCAGUGACAGUCACACUCCCAGACACGUGAGAGUAAAAGCAGACAGGAGAGAGGGAGGGGAAUAGAGCAGAAACAAGAUGAGGGGUUGGGCGAGGAGAUUGAAAAAAUAGGAUUACUCAACUAAAAAUGAACUGAAUCACGUUCUUGAUAGUCCACUUCCUCACAUCCUCCACUCUCAUUAAAACAGCUCUGGGAACUGGUCGUCACUAGUUACCACAGCCACAUAGUCAUAAUCAUGGCUAAACUCGCCUAUUUCUACAAUUUCUCUUCUUAAAAUCUGAUUUUAAAUCUAACCUUAACCACACUGCUAACCUUAUGCCUAACCUUAAAUUAAGACCAAAAAACUAGGCCAUUUUUUCUCAUGAAUUUCUACUACAGUGCCUUUGGAAAGUAUUCAGACCCCAUGACUGUUUCCACAUUUUGUUAAGUUA